AAUUCCGUAGAAAAUCGUAAGAGCUGCCAGUUUUUACUAAGUUAAGAUACAAAAUUGGUUUAAGAAUCUGAAGACAGUUUAUCAAUGGAGAUUGAAAGUGAUACAGAGGAUAAAGGGUCGUUUCCUAUUCCAAUGAUCAUGCAUUCAUCUGGGCAGAACAAGAGGAGUUUCGAUGAUAUGAACUCAGUAACUGUUUCCUCCAUGAACCCAGAUGAACAUCUGACUUUCAAUCCGCGAGGUUUUCAAAUAAAAGUGUUUGAAACUGCAAUGCGGCGGAAUACAAUCACUGUCUUGGGUACAGAUGCUGGUAAAACGUUGAUUGCUGUAAUGAUUAUUAAGGAGAUGGGUCUUUCUCUUUCAAGUUUUCCAGGCAGGAAAAAGCUUAUUAUGUUUCUGGCACCUACUGUUCAUCUUGUUCAUCAGCAAUUUGAAGUUGUAAAAACUCAUACUAGUCUGCGGGUUGAUGAGUACUAUGGUUUGAAGGGUGUAGAUGAUUGGGACAGUCAACACUGGGAGAAGGAGGUGAAUGCAAACGAUGUAUUUGUCAUGACUCCACAGAUCUUGUUGGAUGCCUUAAGGAAAUCAUUCUUGAGCUUUGACAUGAUACACUUAAUGGUACUUGAUGAGUGCCAUCUUGCUACGGGUAGCCAUCCUUAUGCCAAAAUUAUGAAGGAGUUUUAUCAUGAAUGUGACAACAAGCCCAAGAUAUUUGGUAUGACCGCAUCCCCUGUAAUUAGAAAAGGUGUCACUUCGGAUGAAGAUUGUCAGGAGCAAAUAUCUGAACUAGAGAGCUUACUUGAUUCUCAGGUUUUUACCAUCGAGACCUCAAAGGAGCUUGAUGAGGUCCUCUACCCUGCUAAAGAGUCUUCUAUAUUUUAUGACUCGUCAGUGUCUUUCAACUUGCAGUUGAAAGAAAAAAUGAAAUGUAUAUGGGAAAAGUAUGAUUCCAUAUUGCUUAGGUUGCAAGAAUCAGAACCAAAACAGUAUAAGGCUGUACAAAAGUUAUUGAUUAAUGAUCAUGCAAAAAUCUUGCACUCUCUCCAGGAUCUUGGUCUUAGAUGUGCCUAUGAGACCAUCAAAAUGUGCACAGAGAAAGAAUCUAAUGCAAGUGAAGGGUGUGAAUACGAUGGAGGAAGUUCUGUCCAGCGCAAGCUUUUCCUCGAAGAAAUGUUAUUUGUAAUUGUUGAAUCCUUGCCAAAUGGCCAUGAGAGUCUUUUGGAAACUGGAUCUGAUUUUUCUAAAGCUGUUGCCAUAGGCUAUAUAUCUCCAAAGCUAUAUGAACUCAUAAAGAUUUUUCAAUCAUUUGGAGGAGUUAUGGAAGAGUUGUGUCUCAUUUUUGUAGAAAGGAUUAUAACAGCAAAAGUUAUUGAAAGAGUUAUGAAGACAAUCACAUGUUUAUCUCACCUUACAGUUUCUUAUAUAACUGGAAGCUCAUCCACUGAUGGAUUGACACCAAAAUUGCAGAAAGAUAUGUUGGAAUCAUUUAGAUCUGGAAAGGUCAAUCUAUUGUUUACUACUGAUGUGCUUGAAGAAGGAAUUGAUGUGCCAAAUUGCUCAUCUGUUAUACGUUUCGAUUUGCCAAAAACUGUUCGUAGCCAUAUCCAGUCACGAGGACGGGCUCGUCAAUGUGACUCUCAGUUCAUUGUGAUGCUUGAAAGGGGAAACAAGACACACACUGAUGAAAUGUUUGACAUAAUUAAGAGCGAGUAUUCAAUGAUAAAUACAGCUAUAAAUAGAGACCUCGCUGCCGCCUGCAAUUCUAGGGUUUCUACUAUGGAGAAAACCGAAGUAUAUCAUGUUGAUGCAACCGGAGCAUCUGUUACUUCAGAUUCUAGUGUACAACUCGUUCAUCGAUACUGUCAAAACCUUCCUGUGUACAGGGGCUUCAUGCCAAAGGCAACUUUUCAGAUAUCGCAGUGUGAGAAUCUAUAUCAAUGCACAUUAACCCUACCUCCUAAUGCUGCUUUCCAAACUCUAACCGGACCGACUUCUAAAAGUAGUCGUCUGUCAAAGCAGCUUGUAUGUUUUGAUGCCUGUAAGAAGUUGCAUCAGUUGGGAGCUUUAACUGAUCGUCUUCUUCCUCUUGGCAAAGAUUCUCUCGGAAAAAAAUCUUCUCCGAACAUUAAAAAUGGGAGCACAGGCGCAGGAACAACAAAGAGGAAGGAACUGCAUGGGACUACACAAGUUAAGGCCUUAUCUGGAACAUGGGGAGAGAAAGUUGAUGGAACCACCUUUUAUGCCUAUGAAAUACAGUUCAAUUGUAAUUUGACCUGGGAGAAGUAUGGCAGUUUCAUUCUUUUGCUUGAAUCACAGCUAGCUGAUGAUGUGGGGAAUGUUGAAGUUGAACUUUUCUUGGUUAGCAAAUUUAUAAAAUCGACCGUUUCUUCAUCAGGGCAAAUACAUCUAACUCCAGACCAGGUGGAUAAAGCAAUGCGGUUUCAAGAAUUGUUUUUCAAUGGUCUAUAUGGAAAAUUAUUUAUUCCUUGCUCCAGAUCAGAAGGUAGAAAAAGAGAGUUUUUACUCCAAAAACAAGACAACAAACGGUUGUGGGAUUUAUCAAACAUGUAUCUUCUCCUUCCACUGGAGUCAACAAAAACUUCCUAUGAUGGCUCACCUGUAAUUAAUUGGACUGGAAUCCAAUCUUGCUCCUCUGUGAUUGAAUUCCUGAAGAAAAAUGAUGCUUUAGGUGGUGAUGAGCAACAUGUCAGUGAAAACGGAAUUUUAUCUAAUCCUAGUUCAGAAUCAGCUGAUAUAAUAAAGUUUGCGAAUAAUUCGUUCGACAAGAAUAGUCUGAAAGGAAUGGUGGUAAUGGCAAUUCAUACUGGAAAAAUUUAUUAUAUCUUAACCGUGGUUGAUGACUCUUCUGCUGCGAGUCCUUUCGAAGAGAGUCCUGAUGGACGCCCUUCUUGUUUUUCAUCUUUUUCCGACUACUUUAAAAGAAAGUAUAUGAUUAAACUAGCCUACCCAGAUCAACCUCUAUUGCUUCUAAAGCAAAGUCAUAAUGCAUUCAACCUCUUAGUCGACUUCAAGAAAGGAGGUAUGUGUAACAAACCAGGAGAGAGUAAUGAUGUUGUACAGAAGACACUAAGCAAUGUCCAUAUUCCACCUGAACUCCUAGUCAGCAUAGAUGUCCCUCGAGAGGUUCUCAGAUCAUUUUACUUGUUACCUUCACUAAUGCAUCGGCUGGAAUCUCUCAUGUUGGCCAACCAGCUUAGAGAAGAGUUCGCAUCUCCGUCCAUGGAUUUCUGUAUAUCAAGCUCGUUGAUAUUAGAAGCCAUUACAACCCUUAGAUGUAACGAGUCAUUUUCCAUGGAGCGUCUUGAGUUGCUAGGAGAUUCGGUAUUGAAGUAUGCUGUAAGCUGUCACCUGUUCCUUAAAUAUCUCAACAAGCAUGAAGGACAGCUAUCUGGCGAGCGAAUAAAACUUAUUAGUAAUUCGUUUCUUCAUCAAAGAGGAACCGAUAACAACUUACAGGGAUAUAUCCGUGAUAGUCCUUAUGAUCCUAGGAGGUGGAAUGCACCGGGGCAAAUGUCCAUACGUCCUUACCCCUGUUUAUGUGAAGUUGAUACACCGAAUGUGCCUUUGGAUGAGAAUUUUCAAACUAAUAAUAUUAACAUUAAGUUGGGGAUGAUUUGUGACAAAGGCCAUAGAUGGAUGGGAUCAAAAACAAUAUCGGAUUGUUUCGAGGCACUUAUAGGUGCAUACUAUCUUGGUGGAGGAUUGAGAGCUGCAAUUCAUAUUAUGAAACGUUUUGGGAUUGACUUAGAUCUGGAUUUUUCGAUGGUGAAUGAAACAAUUAAAAUCGCGUCUCUUCGGUCUUAUGUUCCGAAAAAUAACAAUAUCGAAGAUUUGGAGUCGAAGAUUGGAUAUGUCUUCUCCAACAAAGGACUAUUACAAGAGGCUAUUACACACUCCACUGAAAAAGAGUCAAAUUUCUGUUAUGAGAGGCUUGAAUUUCUUGGGGAUUCGGUUCUUGACAUACUCAUUACAAUGCAUCUCUUCCAAAAGCACACUGAUACUGAUCCAGGGGAGUUAACAGACUUGCGGGCAGCAUCUGUCAGUAACGAAAAUUUUGGAUAUGCUGCAGUGAAGCAUAACCUUCAUGUCCAUCUUCAACAUGGAUCGGAAAUGCUUCGUAGUCAAAUAUCAGAAUUCGUGAAUUCCAUUACUUUUUCUGAUAGCACACCCAACAAUAAAUGUCUAAAUGUUCCAAAGGUCCUUGGAGAUUUGGUAGAGAGCAUAGCUGGGGCAAUUCUAAUUGAUUCUAAGCUGAAUUUGGAUGAAGUAUGGAGAAUAUUUGAACCUUUAUUAUCUCCCAUUGUUACUCCCGACAAACUUGAACUGGCUCCAUUUCGAGAGUUGAUGGAACUAUGUGAUUCACUCGGGUAUUUUAUCAAAGAGAAUUCUAUUACUAGGGGAGAAGUUGUGAAUGCUGAAAUAAGGUUGCAGCUCAAAGAUAUCCUUUUGGUUGGAGAAGGUUCUGGACAUACUCGUAAACUUGCAAAAGGAAAUGCAGCUCUUAUAUUGCUGAAAGAAUUAAAGGAGAGAGGAAUCUCACAUUCAAAAAGCAGCAACACGGAAAAGGAAUCCAACGGUUGUGGUACUUUCACUUUGCUAGACAUGAAAAAUGAUGUAUUCAACAAAACUAGUAGAGAAGGUGACACAUUAGUGUCUUCAAUAUCACCACAUAAAAAGCAGAAGACAGAGAAAAAACAUAUUUUAGAAAAAUGUAUUUAUAAUUCAGAGUCAAAUAUACCUGUUGCGUUGAUUAAUAAGAAGAAAGGAGGACCCCGAGUAUCGCUGUAUGAACUUUGCAGGAAACAACAAUGGCCUAUGCCAACUUUCGAGACAACUGAGCACAAGUCAAGGACUCCAAUAGAAUUUGGUGAAGGUGCUGAAAAAAAGACAGGUUUCAACAGUUACAUGUCGAAGAUUACACUAAUCAUACCUGAAUUUGGUGCCAUCGAAAUGUCUGGACAUGAACAAGCCGACAAGAAGAGCUCUUUCGACUCUGCAGCUCUAGCCAUGCUUUAUAAGCUUGAAGAACAAGAGAAGAUCAAACUCUCAACUGAAUAACUUAAGAUCAUCGAAAUGUCUGGACAUGAACAAGCCGACAAGAAGAGCUCUUUCGACACUGCAGCUCUAGCCAUGCUUUAUAAGCUUGAAGAACAAGAGAAGAUCAAACUCUCAACUGAAUAACUUAAGUUCUGUUGUUAUUUAAGUAUAUGCAAUGAACCUGUCCAUAAUGUAAUGUAGCUUUUGGAUAUUAAAUAAGUUAAACCAAUUCGAACAGAAUUGGGCAAACAAAAUUUUUGGGAUAAAAGAAAUUAUGAAAGGAAUUUUGGAAGGUAUGUGAUAU